UUACCAUGAAGUACAUUCUAUGCUUGCUUGUCUAUUUGAUGUUUGGAAACCGGGUUUUUCCAACUUCGGCAUCAUUACUGGAGCCAAAUUGCGGAUUGAGUCCAAUAGGAAAGCGAAUAUCAGGUGGCAGAAAUGCCAAAUUAAAUUCAACCCCAUGGAUGGCAUUUUUACAUGCGGAUUGGAAAUUUAUCUGCGGCGGUUCCCUUAUAAAUAGUGCCUUCGUCGUAACCGCUGCACAUUGUGUUUUUCCUGUUGCCAAACAAUUAAUGGCUCGAUUAGGGGAAUAUGAUUGGACCAGCGAACAGGACUGCGUGGACGGCUUUGGAUGUGUUCCCCCUUAUAGGGAUUAUAUGGUUAUUAAAAUAUAUACGCAUCCGCGAUAUAGGUCGAUUCGUGCUUUCGAUAUAGCUUUGCUGAAACUGGACCAACCAGUGCAAUAUACAGAGAACAUUCGUCCCAUAUGUGUGAUCAUGCAUGAAAACAUGUUCCAAUGGUAUUGGGAUGUGGAUGCAGCCAGGGAACUAACGCUCACCGGCUGGGGAGCGACAAAAACCAGGUCAUCAAGCCCUAUUCUACAAACCGUGAAGCUAACCCAAGUCCCUCGUGAAAUCUGUCACGAUCAACACGGCUUUAACGUCGAUCAUACCCACAUCUGUGCCGGAGAUUUCCAUCACUACGCCUGCACUGGGGAUUCUGGAAGCCCACUCGGAUUGACGGUGAAAUAUAAACGCAAGGAUGUCUAUGCUCUGGUCGGGAUUGUCAGCAAAGGAUCGAAUCCUUGCAGUGGAGUCACCGCUUUUACAAACGUCGUUAGUUUCACGGAUUGGAUUGCGAACACCAUAUCAUACGACAAGAAAUAUAUGACACCCAACGGUACCCAAAUAAAUGUUUGAAAUGAA